AUGGCUCCUUCCGCCACCAUCGAGGCCACAGCCCCUGCCGUCGGCGGAACUGCCGUCGCACCAAAGGAGGCAUCGCACUCCAAGCACGGCCAUGAACUCGACAACAAGACGCCCCUACAGGCCAUGUCCCACGGCGACGUCGUGCUAGCCGGUAUCCCCAAGUUCCCCAACUUCUCCGCCCAGCGCCAAUGGCAACUCGAGCACAUGGCCGCCGCCUUCCGCCACUGGCAGCGCGAGGGCUACGUCGAGGGCAUGAGCGGCCACAUCUCCGUCAGAGACCCCGAAUUCCCCAACGCCUUCUGGACGAACCCUCUCGGCCGUCACUUUGGCCUCCUCAAGGCCAGCGACAUGAUCCUCGUCGACCUUGACGGUGCCGUCAUCGGCGGCAACCGCACCAGACCGCCCAACACGGCCGGAUUCCAGAUCCACGCCGCCGUGCACAAGGCGCGUCCUGACGUCCACGCAGUGUGCCAUUGCCAUAGUCUCUACGGCAAGGCGUGGUCCGUCUUCGGACGUCGUCUGGAAAUGCUCACCCAGGACGCCUGCAAGUUCCGCGGCGACGCCCACACUGUCUACAACAGCUAUGGCGGCGUCGUCCUCGGCCCCGAAGAGGGAGAGCUGAUUGCCGAGGCUCUCGGGCCCAAGGGCAAGGCGUGCAUCCUGCGGAAUCAUGGCAUUUUGACUGUUGGCCAGACGGUGGACGAGGCGGCGUUCCUGUACACUUCCAUGGAACGUCAAUGCCAUGUGCAGCUGCUUGCUGAGGCGGCCGCGGCCAACGGGCUGCCCAAGGUUCUCAUCACGGACGAGGAGGCGCAGUUCAAUUUUGACGUGGAAAGUGACCCUGAGAUAUGCUACUGCGAGUUCCAGGUUUACUACGAUUUGGAGGAUGAAUUGACAAACGGCGCGUUCAAGAAUUAA